ACAAAUCCCUUACCUCUUCCCCUUCCUCCCGCAUUCCUCUCUCUCUCUCUCUGUUGCGUCUUCUUCUUCUUCCGAAUAUAGUUAGGGCUUUCUUUGUCUCUGAGUUUUGUUAGCUUUCUCUGGACAUCCGUACGUGAUUGAUUGAUGUGUCGGCCAGAAUCCGGAUCUUGAUGAUCAUCAUCAUUCAUGUCUCCGGUGGUUAGCGAAAUCCUCCGCUCCGGGUUUAUGGUCGAUUCCUCUCUCCGGCGCAGGACCCAUCUCGUUCAAUCCUUCUCUGUCGUUUUCCUCUACUGGUUCUAUGUUUUCUCGUGAAUCAUCUCCUCCCUCACCUUCUCCAGCUAUAUAAUAUAUAUACACAUGCAUCUGUAUUAUACAUAUAUCUAAUCUUCGUCUCUAUCACCUUAUCUAUAUAGCCCCUGGGUCCUGCGUCUUCUCCAUAUAUACAUACAUAUAUAUAACGCUUUGAUCGAUAGGUUUUUGCUUGUUUUCUUCUGGGUUUGGUUUGAAUCUUGAAUAUAUAUAUAUAUAUCUAUAUAUGAAUAAAUCUGAAAUGGGUUCGUCUUCGACGAGCGGAAACUGCUCGACGGUGAUUCAAAACUCUGGGUCGGAGACAGAUCUCCGGCUACAGGAUUCCAAUCUGAUCGAUGAACGGAAACGGAAGCGGAAGCAGAUGAACAGAGAGUCUGCGAGGAGGUCGAGGAUGAGGAAGCAGAAGCAACUCAACGACCUGACGAUCCAGGUCGCUCAUCUCCGUGAAGAGAACGGUCAGUUCGUGGCCGGGAUCAACGUCGCGACGGAGCACUACGUCACUCUCGAGGCCGAGAACUCCGUCCUCCGAGCUCAGCUCAUGGAGCUCAGCCACCGUCUCCAGUCCCUCAACGAGAUCGUCGAUUUCGUCGCCGGCGGGUACCGCGGUGGCGGAGCGGAGGCUGGCCUUCUCGAAGGUGGAUUUCUCGAAGGAGUUGUGAUGAACCCUAAUUUGAAUCUAGGGUUCUUCACCCAAGCACCGAUCAUGGCUGCGGCUGCUGCUGAUAUCUUCCACUGUCCAUGAUGACACGCAAUGAUCAUCAUCAUCAUCACCACCAACGUAUCGUCAGGGGUAAAACUGGUAUUUUGAAAAGAAAAACGUCGAAUUGUAAGAUGUUAAUUAACUAUAUAUAUAUAGGUUGUAGUAAUAUAAAUAUUGAUGUGAUAAUGAUGAUAUAUUGGAAAAAGAUGUUUUGUAUACGAUGAUGAUGGUGAGACGGUGAUAUAUGAGUGGUAAGUGGAUGGUCAUUUCAGUAGUUGCUUUACUUAAAUUUUAUUUUUGUCUUUUGUUAGGGUUUCUGUUUUUCCUCGUUUGGGCGUAUUUGGUUCCAUGUAUGAUCGUAAAUAAAUAAAUACAAUGUAUGUCACUCAAGCUCCGGUUUCCGGAGGCUUAUAUAAUUCAUUUUGAAGGUUA